AUGCACGAGGGCAGAGGAGGAGGGAGGGAGGGAAGGAGAGCGGAGCCCUGUCCGGAAGCUAGGUUCACUGCAGCCGUUCAGAGGUCCCCGGGAGCUGCUGCUGGCAAGCCCGCUACUGAAGGGACCUAUGGUGAGCAAGGCUACCUGGCGAGGGGAGCCGGGCAGAGGGGGCCGGGGAGCAUCCUUGGGGGGAACGGCGGGGGGGCUCAGCCUGUGGCCACCGCUAAAGGUUCGGAGCAGAAGGGAAGGGGAAAAGAGGAGCCUCUAGUUGCGGGUCGCUGGGAAAGACUGAGGGGUCCUAAGACGAACGCGUUGCGAGGGCACUGGCGUUUGCGAUCCCCGGACGGGAAGGGCCGGGAGAGAAAGGAGUGUCGGCUCCGAGGUCCUGAGAGUGUGAGAGGGCCGAGGGACCGCGAGGUGGAGAAAGAACACCUAACCAGGGCUGGUUCUCUCGCGGGGAGCGCGGUCCUGCAGCCUCCGGAUCUUGCGCGCCGCCAGAGGGGCUGCGUCGAGGGGAGUGUCACCCGACCCGGCCCCCAGCCGGCGGGAGCCCCUGAGAGCACGCGAUAUGCCGCUGCACGACAACAUUUGGAGAACAUCCCAGGGACCAGCGAAAACUCUGCUUUUCGUUUCCUCUUUAACCUCAGCAGCAUCCCAGAGAACGAGGUGGUCUCUUCCGCAGAGCUUCGACUCUUCCGGGAGCAGGUGAACCAGGGCCCCGAUUGGGAGCAGGGCUUUCACCGAAUAAACAUUUAUGAGGUUAUGAAGCCCCCGGCAGAAGUGGUGCCUGGGCACCUCAUCACACGACUACUGGACACGAGACUGGUCCACCACAAUGUGACACGGUGGGAAACUUUUGAUGUGAGCCCUGCGGUCCUUCGCUGGACCCGGGAGAAACAGCCGAACUAUGGGCUGGCCAUUGAGGUGACUCACCUCCAUCAGACACGGACCCACCAGGGCCAGCAUGUCAGGAUUAGCCGAUCGUUACCUCAAGGGAGUGGGGAUUGGGCCCAGCUCCGGCCCCUCCUGGUCACUUUUGGCCAUGAUGGCCGAGGACACGCCUUGACCCGACGCCAGAGGGCCAAACGUAGCCCCAAGCAUCACCCACAGCGGGCCCGGAAGAAGAAUAAGAACUGCCGUCGCCACUCGCUCUACGUGGACUUCAGCGAUGUGGGCUGGAAUGAUUGGAUUGUGGCCCCACCAGGCUACCAGGCCUUCUACUGCCACGGGGACUGCCCCUUUCCACUGGCCGACCACCUCAAUUCCACCAACCAUGCCAUUGUGCAGACCCUGGUCAACUCUGUCAACUCCAGUAUCCCCAAAGCCUGUUGUGUUCCCACUGAAUUGAGCGCCAUCUCCAUGCUGUACCUGGAUGAGUAUGACAAGGUGGUACUGAAAAAUUAUCAAGAGAUGGUAGUAGAGGGAUGUGGGUGCCGCUGA